AUGACUGACUGUAAGCUUACGAGUACGGCUCGACGGUCUGCUCCUUCUAAAUCGAAUGAUGUAAACAGAAUGAAGCUGCAGAAAAAUAACAAGAAAUGGGUGAGACUGGCAACCGUUUUUGUGUAUGUUAUCUCAGUGUCACUGGCCGCCAUUGUAUUAGCAAUUUAUUACAGCAUUUUCUGGAAGCCAACAAUAAGUAGUAACUACACAACAAAUGGAAAACAAAUGCUAUUAGCCUGA